AGGGGAGGAUGCUGCUGCCUGCAGCGCCGCGUCGAAGUCCACUCUACUUUUCUGGGAGCUCGGCGCCUGGUAAACUAAACUGUAGAGGAAUCAGGAGGGAUUUGGAUGUAGGAGGACCGCUUUAGUUCUCCUCCGCCUCUUCGUAGACGCCGACAGAGUCCAUCGCUCAGACGGCCAUUGACCGCGGUCGGUGCCCAGCCAGCGAAGCGGGAGCCAUGCCUGUCCCCGCUGGAUACCUCAGCGACUCCCGCGGCGCGGCCUUCGCAUCCUCGGCCUCGCUUAUCCCGCCGCCGCCGAUAAACACACAGCAGCCCGGUGUUGUCACGUCGCUGCUGUACAGCGGGUCCAAGUUCAGGGGCCACCAGAAGAGCAAAGGGAACUCUUAUGACGUGGAGGUUGUUUUGCAGCAUGUGACCAUGGAAGAUUCCUACUUGUGUGGCUACCUGAAAAUAAAAGGACUGACAGAGGAAUACCCAACUCUAACCACAUUCUUCGCUGGAGAGAUCAUCAGCAGAAAGCGGCCAUUUCUCACCCGGAAAUGGGAUGCAGACGAGGAUGUGGAUCGUAAACACUGGGGAAAGUUCCAGGCCUUCUACCAGUAUGCAAAGACAUUCAACUCGGAUGAUUUUGACUAUGAGGAUCUGAAGAACUCUGACUAUAUUUUCAUGAGGUGGAAGGAGCAGUUCCUGGUUCCUGAUCACACAAUCAAAGACAUCAGCGGAGCUUCCUUUGCUGGAUUCUACUACAUCUGCUUCCAGAAAUCCACAGCAACAAUCGAGGGCUACUACUACCACAGGAGCUCUGAAUGGUACCAGUCUCUAAACCUCACCCACGUUCCUGAGCACAGCGCAGCCAUCUAUGAGUUCCGGUGACCCCGGCCGGCAUUGUGGAUGUUAUUAUUUGAGAUGGACAAAGACUUGGGGCAAAGCAAAGGACUGCAGAUGCUACUGAGGUGGAAAAGGAGAACGACUUAGGAAUGAGAAUUUGAGCUUUGGAGAAGAGCAAACUCUUACAUGUUCUCAAUAUGUGGACGGACAGCUGAUUGAUGAGUGAACAGGACGGGACAAAUGAAUGUAUGUACGGAUGAGGGGAAAGAAAGUGCAGUUCUGCUCCCUGGCUGGAGCUUGUAAAGUUAGAACCAGGAGCAGAGAGACUGGGUGUGGUUCCUAUAGUGUACCCCUUUCUUCAUUUGUUUUAAUGUCUGGUUUAAAAAAAACAAACAACAAAAAAAAAAAAAACGCUUGGCACAGUAUCUCGAGACACUUUAUAAGCUAAGUUGGGAAUUCCCCUUCUUGUUUUGCAACCAGAAACGUUUCCAGCUUUCAUCCAGCCAAUGCGGAAUGAGCAGCAUUUGACUACCGUUGGACAAGGAUUCCUGUGAGGAGUCUGCUCCUGUAAACACUAUCUCUAAAGAUAACCAAGUCUUUGUGGAUUAAAAGCAAGAGAGAAGCUUGGGUUCAUGAUUAGGGCUCUUCAGGUUUUAGGAUUGGAGCUUUAAUCAGCCCAUAAGCUAGAAAGACAGUAUUUUUUUAAAGCUAAGCUGGUUCCUUGUUUGCCUGCCAAGAGGAUAUUUUGUUAUUUCACUCUAAACGAUGGACAGAGUGGCACUUUUUAAGGCUGCAAUGUGAGUGACACACAAAACAAGCUUUUCCUCCGUGUUCAUAGAACUGCUUGGGAGAUUAUUAUCACAUGUGAUUGCUGUGGAUCUUGUUCUAUUAAGUUACAUUUGCACAAAGAAGGACUAUAUUACUAAUGCUUGCAGUCAGGAUUUUACACUCACAUGCCCCCAGAACACGAGCUUCAAGGUGGCAGGUCAAGCUGUAUCUUUAAAAAAAAAAAAAAAGAAAAAAAAAGCUUUUUAACUAGUUUGAAGGGGUUUGACUGUGUGGCGGGUUUAGAGCCAAAACAAUCACUUAAAAAGUAUUCAAAAAGAGAGAAAGUAUUUUUUACCCAGAUCUGCACUCUGAAAUAAACAAAGAGCUUUUUACUCCUUAUGUGUCAUUUUAAAUUAAGACCCCCUACAUCUAUGUCUCCUCGACUAUGCAACACUUUCAACAUAGCACUCUCCAAACAUAAACCUUCAGUUUUCAGAGACAAAAUUUUAUUCUAUCCUUAUAGUAUAUGAAAAAAAGAGUCUAUCUUCAUUAAAGGAAAUAUUUUUGUUAAAUUGCCUAUGAAAAAACACUCUCCUCCCUAAUCAUGUUCCCCUUCCCAUGUGAUGGUGCCAUCUUUUUAAAUCUUAUCAGAGUUGUAUUAUAACAGAUCAGAAGUGUGUUUGAGAAUAAGCCUGGAUUUGAUUGAUGGUGUGACUGUAAAGAAUGGAAAAUGGAUUUGAAAAAAAAAAUCAUAUCAAAACAUCA